CGAAAUUUGCAUUUUUAAGAAAAUCAUUUAAAUCUGAUCUAAAAGUCAGAGUGAAAUUUACUUGCUAUUUUGCUGCAUGAAAUGAGGGUGAAGCCAUUGUUUAUAAUCGUCUCCACACUUUCCUUAUUCUUGGCCGUCGUUUGCUCUCUCCUUCGCGGCCGGUUGUUCCUUCAAAUUCUUCCAACAGUGCCAAAUCGGAGAUAUGGAAUAUCAAGAGAAUUGUGGAAUGGAGACCUUGCAAUUGGUGGCUUCAGUCCCACUUGACUCCUUUACCAUCCAAGAGUAAUGGGUAUAUCCGUGUUGAUUGCUAUGGUGGCCUCAAUCAGAUGAGAAGAGAUUUCUGCGAUGGUGUUGGUAUUGCACGUUUACUGAAUGCUACUUUGGUUCUGCCGAAGUUUGAAGUGGCUGCAUAUUGGAAUGAGUCAAGCGGCUUUGCAGAUGUAUUCGAUGUUGAUUACUUCAUAAAGAAGAUGAAUGGUUUUGUCAAAGUUGUUAAGGAAUUGCCACCUGAGAUAUCAUUAAAAGAACCCUAUCGAGUAGAUUGUAGUAAACGGAAAGGUCAAUUUGAUUACAUUGAAAGUGUUCUUCCGUCCCUGCUGAAAUAUCAUUACAUCUCAAUCACACCAGCAAUGAGCCAAAGAAGGGACCGGUACCCAAAGUAUGCAAAAGCUGCGCUUUGUCAAGCCUGUUACAGUGCAUUAAGGCUGACUGAAUCGUUGGAGAAGAAAGCCAACGAGCUUCUGGAAGCCAUACCGAAACCUUUCCUUUCCCUCCACCUUCGAUUUGAACCAGACAUGGUAUCUUAUAGCCAAUGUCAGUACUCAGGCCUUUCAUCUACCUCGAUGAAAGCCAUUCAAGCUGCACGCGGAGAUGAUAGAAAGCCAUGGACCGGAGAAGCAGCUCAGAUUUGGAGGAAUAGGGGAAAAUGUCCGCUCACACCGAAUGAGACUGCCUUUAUACUUCAAGCAUUAUCGAUACCCACAAGCACAAACAUCUAUCUUGCAGCUGGAGAUGGACUAAUGGAGAUUGAAGGCUUAACAUCUAUUUAUACCAAUGUAGUUGCCAAAUCUGCUAUUCUUAGCAGUGAGGAUUUCGGAACCAUGCAUGGGAACACAAAAGCUGCCUUAGAUUAUCAUCUGUCAAUAAACAGCGAUUCUUACAUGGCUACAUACUUUGGAAACAUGGAUAAGAUGGUGGCGGCGAUGCGAGCUUUCAAAGGACUGUACAAAACACUUUUCUUAAGUAGAAGAGCUUUUGCCAAUUUGACUUCUCAAGGGUUGGAAGGGAAGCCAUUGAUGGAAGCGUUAUGGAAGGUUCACAAAGAUGAUUUCAUCAUGGGACGAGGGUCUGCUUUAUCUGACUGCUUUUGUGAGUUCAAAUUAUAGUUUCAUUUUUUUCUCUUAGAUUUUUUUGACAAUUCAUUGUUAUUAUUGUAUCUUUAGGUAUUCUUUUUGUAUGAAAUCUUAUGGGAUAGCUUUUAAGAAGAGCAGAUACUCUAAUACAUCUACUUUUAACUUUGAUUUUGUGCAAUGAUACACAUGAAAUUUUAAUGUUGAUUUAA